AUGGCAGCCAAUUACUGGGUGUCAACCCAGCGCCGGUACUGGCUCUUCGAUCGAGACCGGUUGGCAGACAUCAGGAAAUCCCUCAACGAAGGCGAGAAACAACUGAUACAACAAUUCCCGCUUCCUGAUCUAAGGUACUUUAGCAUCUACAUCAAUCUACGUAUGACUUCCUAUUCCGAUGCAAGUUGCCACCUGGUCCGGGUAUUGGUAUCGUUGAAGCUGACAAAGUGCAACAUCGCCGCCGCAGAGCUGGUCAGGCUGGGGAAACGGAUGACAAUUCGUCAGCAGGCGCUUGCAACGGCACAAGUCUAUAUCAGGAGGUUCUACACCAAGGUGGAAAUCCGACGGACCAAUCCGUAUCUGGUGCUUACCACCGCUUUCUAUCUGGCAUGCAAGAUGGAGGAAUGUCCCCAGCACAUUCGCUUUGUCGUGAGUGAAGCAAAAGGAUUAUGGCCAGAUUACAUCGUAUCCGACAUUUCCAAGCUGGGUGAAUGCGAGUUCUGGCUCAUCUCAGAAAUGAACUCGCAGUUGAUAGUUCAUCACCCCUACCGCACCCUGUCAGAAAUCCAGACAGCACUAUCUCUAACAUCGGAAGAAGUAUCGCUGGCAUGGUCAGUGAUUAAUGACCACUAUCUAACUGAUCUCCCUCUUCUCCAGCCACCGCACGUGAUUGCGGUAACUGCCCUUUUAAUCGCGGUGGUAUUCAAGACAAACCCCGCAAGCUGUGCCCAUCUUACAGGAGCAUCUCCAGCCUCUACCGUACUACGGGAUGGAGUGGGUGCACUGGCCUCACUUGGUGAUAAGCAGUCAGGGGCGAGUAUGCCUCCUCGCAUCCAGAAGGUCAUUGACUGGCUUUCGACGGGCGAGGUCAACAUUGAAGCGGUCAUUGAUUGUACGCAGGAGCUUGUUUCUCUGUAUGAGGCCUGGGAGCAGUAUAGCGAGAAGGCAUGUCGCGAGCAGAUUGCACGAUAUGUGAAGGCGCUGGCUCUUGAUAAAUGA